CAUCGUGGAACUCUCAACACUUCUUUUGGCAGACCGAUUUUGUUUCGGAUUGAAAUUGUUGUGAAAAUUACAUAAUUUUCUAACCGAUGAUCCGUAACGUGGGGACGAAGGCAUCUCCGGUGCUGCUGGGAGCCGUGGCCGUCGGUGCCAGCGCUGACCAACCAAAGCCGAAACAAGCAGAGCCAAACAAAAUGGUUUGCAAACCAUCCGAAUUGCCGCUCUACCGGCCGCUGAAUCAAAAGAUUGCCUGCGAAUGCCAUCACGCCCGGACCGAUGCGAAGGCCACCGGAGCGACCGGUGCCAUUGAGGAAGGAUUCCGGACGGUGCGCAUUCAGGUGCAGGAAACAUCCAAACUAGUCACCGAUCAAAAGAAGCAACUCGUCGACCUGUACGAGGAAGGAAAGAAACAAACCAAGUUCGUUCAUGAUUAUCUGCACCAGGAAGACAACACGAUGCCACGCGUCGGUGCGAUCGCGAUCGGUGGAUUGGCCGGUUUGAUCUUCGGUCUGCGAGGUGGAUUUUUCAAACGUCUUAUCUACACGUCCGUCGGUUCCGGUGCCGUUGCUUCCGUCUGCUACCCGCAGGAAGCGGAAAUGUACGCGCAGCAUGGUCUGGUGGAGGCCAAGAAGUUCGCCACGAUCGGAUACAACUUUGUGUACGGUGUGAAACCGGGUGACAAGCAGCUUGAACUGCCAACGAUUCCGUCGAAUUUGGGCGAGUUCAAGGAUAGUGUGUCCGGUUUGGCUAAAUCAGCCUACGAAGCAGUAUUCCCGGAGAAGAAGUGAACGUAGAGGCUGUUUGGUGUGUGUGUCUGUUGUGAUCCGUGAUGCUGUUGACACGGCAUCAUUCCCGUGUUUCCUGCUCGUUAUUGUAAAAUACACACCCUUCUGAUGUAGACAAAAUCCUUUGAUUGUUUCAAAUAUUUCCG